AUGGCCUCCUCUACCACUCACAAGCUGGACUUUAUCACAGUGGAUGUCUUCACCGAGAUUAAAUUUCUCGGGAACCCCUUGGCGGUCGUUUUGGUGCCGGCUAGUCUCAGAGACAGCGUCACGCAGGAAACCAAGCAGCGCAUUGCCCGGGAGUUCAACCUGUCGGAGACCGUCUUCCUCCACACGGCGGAUACCGAGCCUGACGCGAACAGUAAGAUCCGCGAGAUUGACAUCUUCACCACCGAGGGGGAGCUCCCUUUUGCCGGCCACCCGACCAUCGGCUCCGCAUAUCUUGUACUGAGCCACCUACGAUGGUCUCACGUGGACACACUGCUCACCAAGGCCGGGCCGAUCCGGAUCGCGCCAGUUGAAGGCGCGGGUGGCGUUGUCAAGGCAGCCAUCCCGCAUGCCAUGCAUGUCCACGGCCAGACCCUGCGGCGACUCUUGGAUACGGUAGCGCCCGAGACUAGGGAAGUCGUGGAGGCGGCGCUGUCGGAUGACCCGGAGAUCCGCAACGCGGAGCUGGACGGCCGUCCCGUGAGCAUCGUCAGGGGGAUGACCUUCCUUCUCGUCCAGCUGCCCAGCGUCGAGCAUCUGGGGGGUGUGACGAAGGCGAGGCGUAUGGACUUUGGCGCCGUCCCCGGCCUUUUGGACAAGGGGGAGUGGGAGGGGGGUUUCGUGGCGAGGUACUACUACUCUACGCCCACCACGUCUCUUGGGGCGGACGAUGGAAAACUGGUUUGGGGGAUCAGGACGCGGAUGGUAGAGCUGGGGUUUGAAGAUCCGGCAACUGGGAGCGCAGCUUGUACCCUGGCGAGCUACUUGACCUUGAGGGAGAAGCCUGCGAACGGCGCAAGGUUCGAGAUCACCCAGGGAGUGGAGAUGGGCCGUGGAAGCCAGAUAUCAGUUGAGGUGGUCCCAGAAGGCGUCCAGGACGGCGACUUCCGAAUCAAGGACGUCUUCCUCGGGGGGACGGCUAUCGUGGAUCAAUCAAUCACGAUGCUGUGCGCAAUUUCGGGUGAAGCUCCUGAGGAGCCGGUUGUCUCCAAGAAGACAGGUACGGUGUUUGAGAAGCGUCUUAUCGAGAAGUACAUCCAAGAAAACGGAAAGGACCCAGUAUCAGGCGAAGAGCUCGAUCUCGAGGACCUCCUUCCCAUCCAGUCUGCCCGCAUUGUCCGCCCGAGACCGCCCACCCUCACCUCCAUACCUGCGCUGCUUGCUACCUUCCAGAACGAAUGGGACGCGCUUGCGCUGGAGACGUACAAUGUCAGGGAGCAACUCGCGCAGACCCGCAAAGAAUUGGCGACGGCCUUGUACCAGCACGAUGCUGCCGUUCGGGUUAUUGUGAGACUGUCGAAAGAGAGGGACGAGGCAAGGGAGGCGCUAUCCAAGGUCACCGUUACCGGUGGCAAAGCUUCCGACGGAGACGUGAUGAUGGUCGACAACGAAUCCCUUCCCGAAGAUCUUGCCAGCCAGGUGGACGAUCUCCAUAAGAAACUGUCUAAGGGUCGCAAGAAGCGAGCGGUGCCCGGGGGCUGGGCGACGUCGGACGAGAUCUCUUCUUUCAGCCAACUUAGCGCCGGCAAGGUUGAACUGCAGCCGUCAUCUCUCGCGCUCGACGGCGAUGCCGGCGAUAAUGCUGCGAUCGGCAGCGUGCAGGGAGAUGUUGCCGUCUAUUCCCUGAAAGAGGGCAAGACAGAGCGAACACUACAUAUCGGCGAACAUGUGACGGGCUCGAUCUGGACGGAUAAUAAAGUCAUCUUCUCCACUCUCAAGGGGUCGGUCAAGGUAUUUGCGGAUGGGAGCGAGGUUGCUUCCUUCAAGGAGCAUGCCGGCCCCGUCACAGCCAUCUCUCUUCAUCCCGGGCGCGACAUAGUUGCGUCGGUCGGCCUGGACAAGAGCUUUGUAUUCUACAGUCUCAACGCCCUGGCGAGGGUCUCCCGGAUGUAUACGGAUUCCGCAUUGACGGCGUGUGCAUUCCACCCUGAUGGUCAUCUGUUUGCCGCCGGCACUGACACGGGCGACAUCAAAAUCUUCGCCACCAACACUGGCGAGCAGGCGGCGGUCUUCAGCCUCGGCACCGCCGUCCAGGCACUGACCUUCUCCGAGAAUGGUUUCUGGUUCGCAGCCUCGGGCAAGGACCAACCCAGCGUCACCAUCUUCGAUCUCCGCAAGGAAGGUGAGGCCGCCAAGGUCAAGGAGUUGGCAACAGGAGAGGCGCGGUGCCUGGCGUGGGAUUAUUCUGGACAAUUCCUUGCAACUGCCGGACCGACCGGUAUUACAGUCCAGCAAUAUCUGAAGAGCUCCAAGAAGUGGUCGGAGCUUUUGCAGAGCGGCACCCCUGCCUCUGAUAUUCGGUGGGGACCUGAGGCGAAGUUCCUGGCUGCGGUGAGCGAGGACGGUACUGUUAGGGCUAUCGGGACACCGGAGACUGCCUCCUAG